AUGAGCAGCAGCUACAGUGUCACCCUGGCUGGUUCGGCUCCAUGGGGCUUCAGGCUACAAGGAGGGAAGGACUUUGGUGUUCCACUCACUAUUUCGCGGCUGGCAGAUGGAGGCAAAGCAGCCAAAGCCAAGAUGAGUGUUGGAGACAUCAUCCUCUCCAUAAAUGGCAUCUCCUCUGAGAGCAUGAACCACCUCGAAGCCCAGAACAAGAUUAAAACCUGUAUGAAUAAUCUCAGCUUGACUCUACUGAGAGCUUCGGGUGAUGGCAAAGGAGGUCCUAAGAUGCAGGUUGAACCUCAAGAAAUCAUUAAGCCCGUCCCAAUCACCCAUACACCUCCGAGCAGCACAUACACUAAACCGACAAGCCAGCCCGGCCUUGCCUACAACAAAACAGCCCGGCCAUUUGGAGGUGACAGAGGUUUACCAGCACUUUCCUCCGCUCCGGCGGCUCCCAAAAUGGUCUUCAUCCCCUCUGAAUCAUCGGCUUUCACGCCAGCUCAACCUUUGUGUCAACCAUUGCACCCUCCGUUCCCACUCAAGUCAGACCUCACCUCCCCAGAGUCUCGGGCUCCCCAAGCUAGUCUGUCUAGCUCUACCAUUAGCUCCCCCUCCUCCUCCUCGUCCAACUCAUCCUCUCCAGCUAGAGUGACGGCCCCCUCCUCGCAACCGUCGGUGCCGCAGCCAUCAGUCUAUAACUCCCCCAUCAAUCUGUACUCUAACAACAAUGCCUGCGAGGUGGCAAUCGGACAAAGGCGUGGCCUCAUGGAGAGCCAGGGGUUAUUGGAACAGUUCAACGGGAAUCAGCCAGACUUGAAUCACGCAACUGCACUGAGUGAAGCUAGCAAGAAGCGACUUAUUGAGGGCACGGACGACUGGCACCCGAAAACCGGAACCUCCCAAUCCCGUUCCUUCCGGAUCCUGGCCCAAUUGACAGGCACUGAAAAUGAGGAAUCUCCAGAGAACAAUGGGAAAAAUGAUGUCACGGACAAAAGCAGUCAAGUUGUGCACACCUUGCCUGCCUCCAAAACAUACUCCAAAGCUACACCUCCUAGAAACAGCAACGUCAUGGGAGCUCCCUCCAAGUUUGAGAGCCCUGCAGCACAAAACAAACCCUCCUACCAGCCCGGUGGUUCGUCAGGUUUCCCCAAGGUUGGCGCAGCCCCUUCGUUCGGGAAGGUUACCACCCCCACUCCCAAAGCCCCUGAGCGGCCCAUGCCACAGCCGCACCCCCAGGACCUCAACUCAGUGGUACAGAGAGCCGAGCACAUACCUGCUGGAACGCGCACCCCAAUGUGCAGCAAGUGCAAUAAUGUUAUCAGGGGACCCUUUCUCGUGGCCAUGGGCAUGUCCUGGCACCCUGAGGAAUUCAACUGUGCCCACUGCCACUCCUCCCUGGCAGACGGAGGGUUUGUGGAGGAGAAUGGACAGGUGUAUUGCGAGCACUGCUACGAGCAGUUCUUCGCUCCCACCUGUGCCCGUUGUCAGCAGAAGAUUCUAGGGGAGAUCAUGAACGCCUUGAAGCAAACCUGGCACGUUUCCUGUUUUGUCUGCUCAGCCUGUCAGCAGCCAAUCCGAGGCAACAUGUUCCACAUGGAGGAUGGACAGCCAUACUGUGAAAUGGACUACUACAAACUGUUUGGCACAAACUGCCAUGGCUGUGACUUCCCCAUCGAGGCAGGAGACAAGUUUUUGGAGGCUUUAGGAUUCACCUGGCAUGAUACUUGCUUUGUGUGCGCCGUGUGCACUGCCAAUUUGGAAGGUCAACCCUUCUUCUCCAAGAAGGACAAGCCUUUGUGCAAGAAACAUGCCCACAGUGUCAAUAUCUGA